AUGGCCGCUCACCAGGAAGACGUGACAGAUCCCACCACCGUUACGGUGAUCCGGGAAAAAGACGAGGAACACUAUGUCGUGGCCGAAGACAUUGUCAAGGGCGCGCAAAAGGCCACGGACGAUGAGCACGCCAUGGGCCUGAGGGAGGGUCUGCGCAAGUACCCCAAGGCGGUCUUCUGGUCCAUCUGGUUCUCGUCUGCACUCAUCAUGGAAGGCUUCGACCAUUCCUUCGUCAGCGGGUUCAUGGCUUUCCCAGCUUUCCAGAGAAGAUAUGGUGUUCUCACCAAAAACGGGUCCUACCAGGUUCCAGCAAACCUCCAAGCCGCCGUCAGCAACGGAGUCAAUGCGGGAGAGAUUGUCGGCCUUCUACUUAAUGGUCUUCUGUGUGAUUGGUUCGGCUACCGCUGGCUGAUGAUGGGCUCGCUCUUCCUCAUGGCGUGUUUUAUUUUCCUACAAUUCUUUGCAACCGACAUCUACAUGUACAUCGGCGCGGAAGUCCUCUUGGGUCUACCCUGGGGAGUCUUCCAGACGAUCACGACCACCUACGCGGCCGAGGUAUGCCCCAACGUGCUGCGUCCCUAUCUGACCAUGCUUGUCUCGCUGGCCUGGAGUAUCGGUUACCUCACGGGGACCUGCGUCCUCCGUGGGUUCCUGAGCAUGUCUGGCGAAUGGGCGUACCGCAUCCCCUUUGCCCUGCAAUGGGCUCUACCCAUCCCCCUCGCCAUCGGCAUCUACCUCGCCCCAGAAUCGCCAUGGUGGCUAAUCCGCAAGGGUCGCACCGAGGACGCUACCAAGUCACUGCGCCGGCUGCGUACCAAAGACGCAAGCGAAGAGGAGAUAGCCGACACGCUCGCCAUGAUGCUGCACACGGUCAAGAUCGAGGACGAGAUGAACGCGUCCAGCUCCUACUGGGAUCUGUUCAGGGGCGUCGACCGCCGCCGCACGGAAAUCACCGUCUUCACCUACCUCAUCCAGGAGCUCUGCGCCCCGCUGGUGGCCUACAUUGUCUAUUUCCUCGAGCAGUCGGGCCUCGAUCCCUCCUCAUCCUUCGACUUUGGUAUCGGCGAGUAUGCACUAGCCAUCGUGGGGGUCUGCGUUGCGUGGUGUCUGGUCCCGCGCGUGGGGCGCCGCACCCUCCUCCUCUCUGGAACCUUCUUCAUGACCGCGACAACUAUCCUUAUCGGCUUUUUGGGGAUCGUCAGCCGGAAGUCCCAUCCCAAGAUCGGAUACGGCAUCGGUACCAUCCUGCUGAUCGAGUACUUUGUCUUUUUCAUUACUAUCGGUCCCAUCAUCUACACCAUCGUCACGGAAAUCCCGUCAAACGCUCUGCGGACGAAGAGCGUCGGUCUCGCGCGAGCGCUUUAUAACGUCGGUGUCUUGGUGUAUGGCCAGCUGGCGCCGCGUAUGAUGCAGCAGGCGGCAUGGGACUGGGGCGCCAAGUGCGGGUUUUUCUUUGGGGGCAUCAUGGGGCUCAGUCUUGUGUGGGCGUACUUCCGGGUCCCGGAGACGAAGAACCGGACAUUUGCAGAGGUGGAUAUCUUGUUCAAGAACGAGGUUCCCGCGAGGAAGUUUCCUGAGACGAGGGUUGAUCUUGCGAGUGAGGAGGUCAGAGAGGAAGUCUUGUAG